AUGUAUUGGUCGAAGUUGCUCGUCCUUGCGCUGGCCCAGUUUGUGCUAGCUUCGCCUCAUGCCAGGCGAUGGGACGACCUUGCAGUCAAGCAUUCGUGGACCGAGAUCCCAGAGGGAUGGGUGUACCAUUCCGCUCCAUCUCCGUCGCGUCUAUUGGAUCUACGCAUUGGCAUGAAGUCUCAUAAGAUGGACGACCUGAUCACUCAACUAUACGAAGUCAGUGAUCCCAAACACCCUAAGUAUGGUCAAUACCUCUCCAAGGAGGAGGUAGAUGCCUUGAGUGCCCCUCACCCGGACUCCGUGGAAGCUGUCGAGGCAUGGCUGCAACACCACGGCGUCAAUCCCGACGAAGCUAUCGACCGAUCUGGAGGUGGUGACUGGAUCACCUUGCGCAUCCCCGUGUCAGUUGCUGAAAGAAUGCUCGACACUAAGUACGGCGUCUACCAUCACCUCAAAUCCGAAGACUACAUCGUCCGCGCCCUCUCGUACUCCCUUCCCCGUGAAUUGCAUUCCCACAUCAACCUGGUUACGCCAACCACAUAUUUCGGCACCAUACGCGCUAUGAAGUCUAACUCGUUCGUGAAUCCCGACAUCCAGGUUUCCAAGGAGGCAUUUGUGGAGGACGUCAACGCCCCCGCCGCUCUUCCGCCUGCUAGUUGCGCGACCACUGUCACACCAGCUUGCUUGAAGGCGUUCUACAAUAUCACAGGCUUCUCCCCCGUCAACCCGGCCAGUCAGCGUAUCGGUAUUGCUGGUUAUCUUGAAGAGUUUGGAAAUCGUGCCGAUCUCCAGACCUUCCUUAACCAAUUGUUACCUGCCAGCCGAGGCUUCACAUACACAACAACACUCAUCAACGGUGGCGAGGACGACCAAAACGACCCAGGUGUCGAGGCUAAUCUUGAUAUUCAAUAUGUCGUUGGUAUGGCGGCCCCCAUCCCAGUGACGUACUACAGCACAGGCGGUCGACCUCCUUUCAUUCCCGAUUCGACCCAAUCCACCAAUACCAACGAACCUUAUCUUGACUGGGUAAAUUUCGUCCUGGCUCAAAGCACCAUCCCGACUGUCUUCACAACGUCCUACGGAGAGAACGAGCAAACUAUUCCAUUGGACUACAGACAAUCCGUUUGUGACCUUUUCGCCAAGCUCACCGCACGGGGUUCCACCAUUCUCUUUUCCAGUGGUGACUCAGGUGUGGGCGGAGGAGAUUGCAGAACCAAUGAUGGCAGAAACCGUGUCCAAUUCCAACCCGCUUUUCCUGCUUCGUGCCCAUUCGUAACCGCUGUUGGCGGGACGACGGGUUUGACUGAAACCACUAUUGGUUUUAGUGGCGGAGGCUUCUCUAACACAUUCGCUCGCCCCGCAUACCAGGACACCGCUGUUUCGAGGUACCUGCAAAUCCUUGGGAACACCAACGCUGGCCUUUUCAACACUACUGGCCGCGCUUACCCCGAUCUCUCUGCCCAAGCCAACCGCUUCGAAGUCUUCGUAGGUGGACGAGCGAUCUCCGUUGGUGGUACCAGUGCCAGAAAUGUCCAGACUGUCGCGGGCAUCGUCGCUUUGAUCAACGACGUCAGAAUUUCCAACGGGAAAGGUGUUCUGGGUUUCCUCAACCCAUUGAUCUACUCCGAUGGUGUUACUGGGUUCAACGACAUUGUGACUGGAAGCAACCCAGGAUGUGGAACCAAUGGCUUCCCCGCUCGUGCUGGAUGGGAUCCCGCGACCGGUUUGGGAACUCCAGAUUUCGCGAAGCUUCGUCUUCUCCUUGGAUAA